CUGUUCGACUGUUUGGCGGGGAGACAGUAACGCUCGCCCCUCGUUCGCUUCGGUUUCGUCGGAAAUCAGUUUCUAUAUCGCACUUAUUUGUUUUGCUCGCGGAAUCUUAACGAACGCUGCCUGUGCCUCCAUAUCUCUACUAUAACGAAAGCAAGUUACUGGCGUUAAAAAUAAAAAUAAUUUGCUUUUUAAAUUGGAAAAUUCUCAUCGGACUAUUUCAUUCAUACAUCUAGUCUAGACGCGGACGAAAGUUGUGCUAAGAGAAAUAAAAAAACAACAGUAACGCAGAAAACAAAUUAUUGCCCAUUUAAUUUUUUCAAAUUCGUUUUCGUACUGUAAAGCAUCCCCAGUACUUAGCAGCGGUUCUAUUAGAUGUAAACGGCAGUUACGGGCAAAAAAUAUAUAUAUUCAAGCAAUAUUUAAUGUGAUGUGAUAGUGUAGUGUUUUUUUUAUUCAAUUUAUAGAAAAUAUUGAAAUUUUUAGAAAAUAUAAAAAAAUAUUAACUAAAAAAAUUGUACAAAGUUACCAAAUUAUUUAAACUGUGAUAAAAAAAUAUUAGUGUUUAUUUUAAAAUAUAAGAAAACAGAUAUUUCACCAAAGUCAAAAUGAGCCGUCCCAUUGAUAUUCUUUUGGAAAGAGUACGUGGCCACCAAAGAGCUCCAUCCGAUUCCAAAGAAUUUCAUGAAUUGACCAAACGUGAUGCUCUCCGUCAAUUGGAAAAUGAUUUGGAUAGACUAUUGCAAACUGCCGAACCGGAAAAGCGGCCGGAUCUGCAAUUCGAAAUGGAACGUUUUGCCGAAUUGUUUGGACGAUUUUUGCAAGAAGAGGGUCCCUCCAUUGAUUGGAAUAAAAUACAAAAAUUACCUGAAAAUGCUGUCAAGGACUAUAGUUCACUGAAAGCUCCCAAAAAUGAUCAGAUUCGUUCUAUGUUAGACAAAUUGGUUGUCAUUAAACUUAAUGGUGGUCUCGGCACAUCGAUGGGUUGUCAUGGACCCAAGAGUGUGAUACCUGUGCGAUCGGAUUUGACCUUUUUGGAUUUGACCGUACAACAAAUUGAGCAUCUCAACAAAACAUACGAUGCCAAUGUCCCCUUGGUGUUGAUGAACUCAUUCAACACAGACGAGGAUACGGAGAAGAUUAUACGCAAAUACAAGGGAUUCCGUGUACAAAUCCAUACCUUUAACCAAAGUUGUUUUCCACGCAUUAGCCGUGAAUCGUUUUUGCCCAUUGCCAAAGAUUUUGAUGUAGAGAAAGACAUUGAGGCUUGGUAUCCACCUGGUCACGGUGAUUUCUACGAUACCUUCCGCAAUUCCGGUUUGCUGAAGAAAUUUAUUGAUGAAGGCCGUGAAUAUUGUUUCUUGUCGAAUAUUGAUAACCUGGGUGCCACUGUUGAUUUGAAUAUUUUGAAUAAAUUGGUGGGCGAUGAACGCGAUGCGAAACCCGUGGAAUUUGUUAUGGAGGUAACCGAUAAGACCAGAGCUGAUGUUAAGGGUGGUACCUUGAUUCAAUUUGAAGAUAAAUUGCGUCUUCUGGAAAUUGCCCAGGUCCCCAAAGAACAUGUGGAUGAUUUUAAAUCUGUGAAGACUUUCAAGUUCUUCAACACCAACAACAUUUGGGCGAAUUUGUCGGCUAUCGAUCGUGUUCUGCACGAACGUACUCUCAAUCUGGAGAUCAUCAUCAAUAACAAGACAUUGGAGAAUGGUUUGCGUGUCAUUCAAUUGGAAACUGCCGUUGGUGCUGCCAUGAAGUGUUUCAAUGGUGCCCUGGGUAUUAAUGUGCCACGUUCACGUUUCUUGCCCGUGAAAAAGACCUCCGAUUUGCUGUUGGUUAUGUCCAAUUUGUAUAAUUUGAAAAAUGGUAGCUUGGUGAUGUCGCCACAGCGUAUGUUCCCCACCACACCAUUGGUGAAAUUGGGUGAGAAUCAUUUUGCCAAAGUCAAAGAGUUCCUUGGCCGUUUUGCCAAUAUACCAGACAUCAUUGAAUUGGAUCAUUUAACUGUGUCCGGAGAUGUUACCUUUGGACGUGGUGUGUCUUUGAGGGGUACCGUAAUUAUUAUUGCCAAUCAUGGUGAUCGUAUUGAUAUACCCGCCGGUGCCAUAUUGGAGAAUAAAAUCGUAUCGGGUAAUAUGCGUAUUUUGGAUCAUUAAAAACAUCUGCUGCCGGAGCUUUUUGUAAAUGUUUAGCGGAAAAGACAUUUGCCUAUUCUUAUUAACCGUCAACACCUCUUGAUAAACUAUCAACUAUAUAUAUUAUCAGUCAAUCAAACUCAACUCUGUAGUAAUUGUAUGCUUUACGUAGUAGGAAAAUAGGCAUUUGACUGGGUGGCAUGUCUGCAGUCAAUUGCUGGUUUAGAUAUUUUCAUUAGAAAAUGGUAAUUUUUGGGAUUGUUACUUCCAAAUCGGUUUCAAAAAACAAUUUUCUUUAAGAUCACAGUGUUUUCCUUGUUCCUUAUUUUAAGUAAAAAUUUUUUAUAGUUAUUUUGUUUCAUUUAUUUUUUUUGUAAUCGAAUAUUUAUGUUUCCUGCUAUGAUUUGAUAUGUUUUUUAACGAUUUUAUAGUUAUUUUUUUUGUAAAUUCUAAGGUUCUGAGCUUCUCUGUAUCCUUAAAUUAUAUCAUAAUUGCUAUUCGUAUUUUAUGUAGAUUCAUAAUACUGCGCAAAUCUUAUUAAGCCUAAAAAUAAUUAAGUUGUGAAACACAAGUGAAAAUUUUGUAAAACACACAUACACACACACAAAACAAAUUUAUAUAUUGUUAUACAAUUUUGUGAAAAAAAUGGCAAUAAAUAUAAUUUAGUUCUUGUUAUGGAAAAAGUAUAUAAA